CUGUCAGCAGCAGCAAGAGGAGGAGGAGGGGAGAUCUUCCUUGGAAAGCCCUCCUUUCUCUCUCUCCCCCCUCCCUUCCCACUACAUUCACUUGCAAAUCACUCUGAGCCUGGAAAAGCCUUUGCUUCCCCCAGUCUGCCUAACCUUCCCAUGGCAAGUGCUGCGGCUCUGGAAGCAGAACCUCGCUUGACAUCUCCCUCUCUCCUAUCCUUUCUCAGUCUCUCUCUUUUUCAGUGCUGUGCCCUUUUUUAAAAAAAAAAAAAUCAUCAGGCACUCUGAAUGAAAGCCAGUCCAAGUGAGCGAGAGAGGAGAGCCAGGGAAGGCAAGCUUUCUCCCUCCUCCUCCUCUGCCUCUUCUUCCUCCUCCUCUUCUUCUCCCUCCUUUUCCUCCUCCCCCUCCCCCUUCCACCUGCCCCAGCACUGCUUUUUCUGCUGUCCGGAGUGAAGUGAUGCUCUGGGAAUAAGCCUGAAAAAGGACCAGCUCUCUCUGAUUUUUAUACAGAGAGAGAAAAGAGCUCAAGAUCCGACUGUCUUGCUGCUCUGCUUGUUUGGAUGCUCUGCUUCGCUCCAAAGGGAGAAAGAUUUGGGAUAUGCACCAGCUAGAGAUGAGCUGUUAUAAACCGCUUGACUGCACAUUCCACUAAAGGAGUACCAAGAGCUGCAUCUCAGACAAAGUGUCAUAUUGAUCUUGCAUCAGAAGGCACUUGGGAAGGCAGUCGACAGCGAAGGACUAUGAUCAUACAACAAGUCUUGUUGCUGGUGCUGCUCUGGGUGUGCCUGCUACACCCCUGUUUGACAGCAAUGGUAUUCAGCAGGACUACAGAUCACCAGCCGAAAGCAUUUGCUGCACGUGGAACAGGGAGUGAUGGGAAAACUCUCCACCGCCAAAAGCGAGGCUGGAUGUGGAACCAGUUUUUCCUGCUGGAGGAAUAUACUGGUUCUGAUUACCAGUAUGUUGGAAAGCUUCAUUCAGACCAAGACAAAGGAGAUGGUUCCCUCAAGUACAUUUUGUCAGGAGAUGGGGCUGGCACUCUUUUUGUUAUUGAUGAGAGAACGGGUGACAUUCAUGCUACAAGAAGAAUUGAUAGGGAAGAGAAAGCUUUCUAUACCCUACGUGCCCAGGCUAUUAACAGAAGAACGCUUCGGCCAGUUGAACCGGAAUCAGAAUUUGUGAUCAAAAUCCAUGACAUCAAUGACAAUGAACCAAUGUUUCUUGAAGAGGUUUAUACUGCAAGCGUCCCUGAAAUGUCAGUAGUUGGUACUUCUGUUGUGCAAGUCACAGCCACGGAUGCCGAUGACCCUUCUUAUGGAAACAGUGCCAGAAUCAUCUACAGCAUACUUCAAGGCCAACCGUAUUUCUCAGUGGAACCAGAAACAGGAAUCAUCAGGACCGCUUUGCCAAACAUGAACAGGGAAAACAGAGAGCAGUACCAAGUUGUUAUCCAGGCAAAAGACAUGGGAGGCCAGAUGGGUGGAUUAUCGGGGACCACGACAGUGAACAUCACCCUGACUGAUGUCAAUGACAAUCCACCUCGGUUCCCCCAAAGCUCUGUUCAUUUCCGUAUUCAGGAGUCCUCUCCAGUUGGUACUCCCAUUGGAAGUGUCAAAGCCUCUGAUGCAGACGUUGGGAGAAAUGCAGAACUUGAAUAUCGCAUUGUUGAUGGUGAUGGAAGGGAUAUGUUUGACAUUGUUACCCAAAAGGACACACAAGAAGGCAUUAUAACAGUGAGGAAGCCACUGGAUUAUGAAAAUCGAAGGCUAUAUACUUUGAAGGUAGAGGCAGAGAAUCUUUAUGUUGAUCCACGUUUUUAUUACCUUGGACCAUUUAAAGAUGCAACAACUAUCAAAAUAUCUGUAGAAGAUGUUGAUGAGCCUCCCAUAUUCAGCAGAUCCUCAUACCUUUUUGAGAUACAUGAAGAUAUUGAAGUGGGCACAAUAAUAGGCACUGUGAUGGCCCGGGAUCCAGAUUCGGCAGCAGGCCCUAUCAGAUUUUCCUUGGAUCGUCAUACUGACCUUGACAGGAUCUUCAACAUACAUUCUGGAAAUGGUUCUAUUUAUACUUCCAAAAUGCUUGACCGAGAAAUAUCACAAUGGCACAAUCUUAGUGUGAUAGCAGCGGAGAUCAACAAUCCCAAAGAGAUGACUCGUGUUUCUGUUUAUGUCCGAAUAUUGGAUGUGAAUGACAAUGCACCACAGUUUGCAGUGUUCUAUGACACUUUUGUGUGUGAAAAUGCAAGAGCAGGCCAACUAAUACAAACUAUAAGUGCAGUUGAUAAGGAUGAUCCCCUUGGAGGACAAAAGUUUUUCUUCAGUUUAGCUGCUGUUAAUCCCAACUUCACCGUCCAGGAUAAUGAAGAUAAUACUGCCCGGAUUUUGACAAGAAGAAAUGGCUUUAGCCGUCAUGAAAUAAGUACUUAUCUGCUGCCAGUGGUCAUAUCUGACAAUGACUACCCCAUCCAAAGUAGCACUGGGACACUCACCAUCAGAGUAUGUGCCUGCGACAGCCGAGGGAACAUGCAGUCCUGUAAUGCUGAAGCGCUGCUCCUUCCAGCCGGCCUCAGCACAGGAGCACUCAUUGCCAUUUUGCUCUGCAUCAUUAUUCUGCUGGUCAUAGUGGUGUUAUUUGCUGCUCUAAAGAGACAGCGAAAGAAAGAGCCUCUGAUCCUGUCUAAGGAGGACAUCAGAGACAACAUUGUGAGUUAUAAUGAUGAAGGUGGUGGAGAAGAAGAUACACAGGCUUUUGAUAUUGGCACCCUGAGGAAUCCUGCAGCUAUUGAAGAUAAAAAGCUCCGUCGAGAUAUUAUACCAGAAACAUUAUUUAUACCACGGAGGACUCCUUCUGCACCAGAUAAUACAGAUGUCAGAGAUUUCAUUAACCAAAGGUUAAAAGAGCAUGAUAAUGACCCCACUGCACCACCGUACGACUCCCUGGCAACCUAUGCCUAUGAAGGAAAUGAUUCCAUAGCUGAAUCCUUGAGUUCUUUAGAGUCUGGCACUACUGAAGGAGACCAAAACUAUGAUUACCUCAAGGAAUGGGGCCCUCGAUUUAAUAAGCUUGCUGAGAUGUAUGGUGGAGGCGAAAGUGAUAAAGACACUUCCUAACUUGCAGUAGGAUAUACAAUUUUUGUUCAUUUGAAAGGAAGUAAUUUUAAAGACACCUUCUCCACGUGACAAUAUUUGAUGUUCAGGAAUGUUCUCCUGCCACUCAGCACAAUGCUUUUUUUUUCUCUAUCUCUCUUCAUUUUUUUUUUUUGGAAUUUGCUCAUUAAUGUCCCUUAUUUUCUCUUGUAGAAUGUCACAUGGAAGAUAUACAGCAGUUAAUUUAACCCCUGUCCGAAAGCCAAAGCUAUCAAAAUUCAGUGUCAUCCAUUUUAUUAAAGAAACAAUACAGUCUGUUUGAGCAGGUAUAGAAUCUCUCAAGCAAUCAUAGAUACAAGUUGCUUCUGUUAAAUACAUGUUCUACACUUGCAAGUGCAGGCUUUUUUUAAAAGACUCAAAUGGUCCUGUAUGCACGAUCCACAUACACACCCACAUCUUUUAAAAAAUGUGUUUCUUUCUCAGAAACUGCUAUAUAUACACACAGUUUAUUAAACUGAUUUAUAAAAGAACACUUCUACCAUUCUUUCUCCCCCUCCUUUUUUAAAUUAAAAUAAAAAGUCCUCUGUAGAAGAGCUCAAUGCUCUCAGCCCACCAGAUUUUUUCAAUAUUUUUUCAAUAAUUUUCACAGUAGCUUUAAUACAAAAUGUUCUGUUUGAGCAGUUUCUGGGAAAAAGGAAUAUAUUUCUUAAAAAUACCAGAUGCUUGCACAGAAUUUCUGUGCACUUCUUUUGGAGUUUUGGCCCCAAAGGUGAAAAUCAAAAAUAAUAUGUCCUUAUUCUGUACAUUAAAAAAAUCCCUGAAAAUGUACACGUGGUGUUAAUGUGAUAUGCAGCUGGUUUAAAAAAAAAACAUAAGAAAAAAAACAAGAACAAAAAAACUUUGUGCAACUUCAUUUCAUCAGAUUCUAUCUGCCAAUGUUUUAUAUUUAUAUUUUUGUAUUUAUUUUUAAGAAAUAAACCAGUUUUAUAACGA